GUUACUAUAGAGGCAGACAUGCCGGCCAACCUCACCACCUCCAGCCACAGCACCAACUACAACUUCCCAGCGCUCAUCUUCGGGAUAUUAUUGAUCGUCAUCAUCAUCUGCGGGAACGUGCUGGUGUGUCUGAGCGUUUACACGGAGAAAGCGCUGAAAACCACCACGAACUACUUCAUAGUCAGCUUGGCUGUUGCUGAUUUGUUGCUGGCUGUUCUGGUCUUACCGCUGUUCGUGUUUGCAGAGUUCCAGGAUGGGGUUUGGUCCCUCAAUAUGACCGUAUGUGAUGGACUGAUGACCAUGGAUGUGAUGCUGUGCACCGCCUCUAUAUUUAACCUCUGCGCCAUCAGCAUAGACAGGUGGUUCAUCGCGGUCUCCAUCCCUCUUAACUACAACCGCAAACACGUUGACCAGCGACAGAUUGUCCUGCUUUCCGCCACAUGGAUCCUGGCCUUGGCUGUGGCCUCCCCCGUGAUUUUCGGAAUCAACAACGUCCCCAACCGGGACCACAGCGAAUGCAAGCUGGAGGACAACAACUACGUGGUGUACUCCUCCGUCUGUUCGUUUUUCGUGCCGUGCCCCAUCAUGCUCAUGCUGUACUGUGGGAUGUUCCGGGGCCUGAGGAACUGGGAGGAGGCGAGGAAGGCCAAGCUGAGGAGCAGCAUGCAGGCCUGCAGAAAGCUUCAGGAGGCCGCCGCGUCCCUGCAGCCGCUGUCUGGCCUGCCGCCCCCUCUGCCGCCCGUGAUCGAGAAAGACCUGAGUGACAUUACCUUAGAGGAGCUGGACCACGAUCACUACCCCGAUCCUGACAGCCCGGGUCCCGUGUCCAUGCUCACACACCCCGUCGGGGGCCAGAACAGGCGAAGGAAGAGAGCGAAAAUAAACGGGAGGGAGAGGAAAGCCAUGAGGGUGCUUCCCGUUGUAGUAGGUGUCUUCCUGUUCUGCUGGACGCCAUUCUUCGUAGUGCACACAUUGAGGGCUCUCUGCGAAGACUGCUACAUCCCCAGCAGCGUCACCAGCAUCGUGACCUGGUUAGGCUACGUCAACAGCGCCCUCAACCCUAUCAUCUACACCGUCUUUAACACAGAGUUCAGGAAGUUCUUCCGGAAGUUCUUGCCGACUCUGCCCAACUGCUGCUAGCCUGAACAUGC